AUGGCUCGCCGAUUAAGACGAUUAAAGACAGAGAAACGGGUAUCAGCAGCAGUUACAUGCAAAAUAUUCAAAAUAGCAAAGGAUAUGUGCAAGUCGUUCAAGGCCAGUGACGACGCUCGAGAAUGCGAAGAUAUCGCUAAGGUGUACACAGACGUUCUUGGGCCAAAACCUUCAUCGUCUAAGCCUGCGUUCGAGUAA